AUGGCUAGCGUCUCCUUUCCUCUUGCUGGAAAACAUAAACAGGGUCCAUGGUUUGAAGUUGAAGGAUCUGAAGAUUAUGAUUCUUUCUUCUCCUGCUUGUAUGGCCUCAGUCCCCAGGACAGCAGGGCCGAUUCAAAGAUUGAUGAUGAUCAAAACCAGACCAUCCAAGUUUCACAGCCGGCUGAGAAAUCUGUGCAGAAUGAACAACAACCAACUCCAUUUUCUUUGGCAUGUGUGGAGGUCUUGAAAACUUAUGACAAGUUGUUCAAUAAACCAACAGAUGAGGGGGUAAACCACAAUAAAUAUAAUGCAUCCUCCUGUAGUAAAUUGUCAGUAAAUGAGGUAUUGAAGCUUGGCGGAGAAAGGUACAUCCAGUACAUCACUCAAAGGACAGAUGGGUUUUCCACGUUUAUGCACCCUUACGCCUCUGCUCUCUCAGCUCUUUCAGCCCACGAAACCCGGGACGUGGAGCUUGUGCACCUUCUUCUUGCAGCAGCAGAGGAUGUGAGUCGCCGCCAAUAUGACGUGGCAGCCAACCUCAUCUCUCGUUGCAUGUGGACGGCUUCUCAUUCCGGCAAUCCUGUCCAGAGACUCGUCUUCUACUUUGCUGAAGCUCUGAAAGAGAGGAUAGACAGGGAAACAACGGGAAGAUUAUUCAGUGCCGCCAGGUACCAUUACCGAGAAUGUAUGGGAUUGACUACUACCCCUGCAACCUUGGCCUGUCACCAAGGACUUCCUUUUAGCCAAGUUAUGCAAUUUGCAGGAAUUCAAGCCAUCAUCGAAAAUGUCAACACUACUAAGAUCCACCUGCUUGAUUUCAAUAUCCGGAGUGGGAUACAAUGGACGAUCCUGAUGCAAGCUCUGGCAGAAGAACAUCACGACCGCCCAAUACAGCUCAUCAAGAUAACUGCAGUUGGAGUCGCAGAUCAGCACAAAUUGGAGGAAUGCGGCAAGAGAUUGGAGAGCUUUGCCAGGUCCUUGAAUCUCCCAUUUGCUUUCCAUCUAGUCUUCUUAUCGGACUUGAAAGAUUUCAGGGAAGAUUUAGUCCAUUUAGAAGCAGAUGAAUCCGUGGCUGUAUACGCAAACACUGUGUUCAGGACAAUGAUCGGGAGGCCCGAUUGUUUGGACAGUUUGAUUUUAGCAAUCAGAAAGCUCAAACCAGUGGUAAUGGUAGUUGCUGAAGUAGAAGCAAAUCAUAAUUCCCCUUCCUUUAUCACUCGAUUUAUCGAGGCACUUUUCUUCUACGGUGCAUUCUUUGACUGCUUUGAAGAUUGCAUGGAGAGGAAGGAUCCGUGUAGAAGGACUAUCGAGGGAAUUCAUUUUGGGGAAGGCAUCAUCAACAUAGUUGCAGCCGAGGGGGAGGAGCGCUUCACUAGAAAUGUAAAGAUUGAUGUGUGGAGAGCUUUCUUUGCUAGGUUGGGAAUGCUGGAAAUUAAACUGAGUGAGUGUUCUAUGUAUCAGGCAAAGUUGAUUCUGAAGCAGUUUGAACAUGGGAGCUCCUGCAAUCUUUACAGUAAUGGGAAUGGCCUUAUUGUUGGAUGGAAGGGAACACCAAUCCAUUCUGUUACCUGUUGGAAGUUCAACUCUCAUGAUGAUUAUUAA